CCAGCAAAUCAUUCAAGCUCAAACACACAGUCAUCGUUGUUGUUAAAGCAUUAGUGAGGAAAGGGAACAAGGGUUUUCGUGGGGGUUUCAUUUGGUUGUGAACUUGUGAAAGGAACAAGCUAUGGCUCAGACGGUGGGGAGGAACAUAGCAGCUCCAUUGCUGUUUAUCAACUUGAUCAUGUACUUGAUCGUAGUGGGAUUCGCUAGUUGGUGCCUUAACAGGUUCAUCAAUGGCCAGACCAACCACCCAAGUUUUGGAGGAAAUGGUGCAACAAUGUUUUUUCUGAUCUUCUCCAUAUUGGCUGGUGUAAUGGGAAUAGCGUCGAAGCUGGCCGGAGCAGGUCAUCUCAGAGCUUGGAGGAGUGACAGUCUAGCUGCGGCUGGAUCUUCAUCAAUCGUGGCUUGGGCUUUCACUGCACUAGCCUUUGGACUUGCAUGCAAGCAAAUCAACGUUGGAGGAUAUAGGGGAUGGAGGCUGAAGGUUUUGGAGGCUUUCAUAAUAAUCUUGGCAUUCACCCAGCUUUUGUAUGUCUUGCUACUUCAUGCCGGUAUCUUCAGCAGCAAGUAUGGUCCAGGGUACCGCGACACUGACUACCCGGCCGGUACUACUGGUGGUGUAACUGGUGUUGAUCCAAUCAAGGGUGGAACUGGAGUCCCUGCUUCUAGGGUUGUCUAGGAAUGCACAAUAGAUGGGAAAAACUAUCUUUAACCGUCUCCCUUCCAUUUGUGGGAGGGGUUUGUAUUUGAUAAUUUGAUGUGGAAUUUCAAGUUUUACUUUGUGGUCUGUAUAUUAGUGUAGUUGUUAAUUCAGGAAUACGUUGGGCAUGAAUGUACUCCAUGUGUGAGAAUUUGUUUUCAGCA